UCAACAGUCUUCACCGUCACGUCUUCUUCUUCCAUUACAAGACUCUGCAAAUGGCUUUCAGACGAGCUUUAUCUACAAGGACAACACUCAUCACCCGUCAAAAGCAACUGCCUUAUCAUAUUUCAACUCGUGAGAAUGAUCAUAAAGAAGAUUCAUCAUUCACGUCUCAAAGAAGAAGAAGUUACCAUAGCUUCUUCCUUCACCAAACACACUCUACCAACUCUGUUCCCACGUGUGGCUCUGCUUUUGUGCUUUAUAGAUAUAUGUCUAGUAGUGCACAACAUGGUGUUGGUUCUGAGAAGAUUGGUGUGGUUUCUGAUAUCGCUGAAGUUAUAACUGACUCGGCAUUGCAAGAUGGGUCUGCUCAGGCUGCUGCUGGUGGUGUAGUUGGUGAGGUUGCUGUUGCAGCUAGUGACUCUUUUUUGCCUAUUGCUGCUCUUCAGCAUUGUAUUGAUAUGGUUCAUUCCUUCACUGGUCUUGAGUGGUGGGCAUCCAUUGUUGUAGCAACAAUACUGAUCCGGUCAUCGACAGUUCCUCUCUUGAUUAAACAAAUGAAAGACACUACAAAGUUAUCGCUGAUGAGGCCACGGUUAGAGUCCAUCCGCGAGGAAAUGCAAAGCAAGGGAAUGGACCACGUUACGAUGGCAGAAGGUCAAAAAAAGAUGAAGAAUUUGUUUAAAGAAUAUGGUGUCACUCCAUUCACUCCAUUGAAAGGGAUGUUCAUUCAAGGACCUCUGUUCAUCUGCUUUUUCCUUGCUAUUCGAAAUAUGGCAGAGAAGGUACCUUCAUUCCAAACCGGAGGUGCACUAUGGUUUACCGAUCUAACCACUCCUGACAGCUUAUACAUCUUACCGGUUUUAACAGCGUUGACAUUCUUGAUAACCGUUGAGUGUAAUGCACAAGAAGGCAUGGAAGGCAAUCCAAUGGCAGGCACUGUUAAAAACGUGUGUCGUGGUUUCGCUCUCCUCACAGUCCCCAUGACAAUGAGUUUUCCUCAGGCUAUAUUCUGUUACUGGAUCACAUCCAAUCUCUUCUCCCUCACUUAUGGACUUGUGAUCAAGCGUCCUCAAGUGAAGAAGCUGUUGAAGAUACCUGAGCUACCUCCACCUCCUCCAGGUCAACAACCUUCCUUUGACUUGUUUUCAGCUCUCAAGAAAAUGAAAGCCAUGACACAGGACCAAGCCCAAAAUGAGAUACAAUCACCUUCUUCGCCAGUAGUAAACCCGAGGUUGUCAUCGUUGAGUCCUGUUAGUAAGAGGCUCAAGGCUUUGGAGAGUCAAGUUAAGGGAAGGAAGAAGAACAGCAGCAAGAAGAGAUGA